AUGGUCCCACCUGGCGUGCCGUGCCCUGGCCAUGUCCGCGCGACGGUGCUCGCCAGACCCGACGGUGCUCUGCGGAGAGUCGCUGGGGAUCUCGAGAAGGUGCAUGCGUUUUGCCACGAGAGGGGCAUCCAGGUUUGCGCUGGGAGCAUCUUUGACGAGUUGCUAACACGAGAUGCUCUGCUAAGUCGCGUGGUCCGUCUGCUGUGUGCCCGCAGCAAACAGCUUUUCAUUCUGUUCUAUGCGGGGCAUGGACGACCUGGUACAGGAGACUGGAUUCUGGAAGACGAGGACGUCACCCUUCAAGACAUCCUGGAUCUGUGGGAAGCCUCAAGCGGCGUCGACCGUCCAUCGAAUGCAUCACUACUCAUCAUCAGUGAUGCCUGCUACAGCGGUGAGUGGGUGAAAGCGGCUGGAUUUCUGGCCCCAGCCCGGGUGGUGGUGCAAGCUUCCUGCGGCGCUCCGGAGCGUGCGCUGGACGGCGUUUUCAUCUCCCUUUGGCUGCUGGUGCAGCGGCGUGAGGUGGCUCUGGCAUAUGCCCUGCGGCACCUGGAGUCGUUGGCUCGGCAUCCGUGCGUCUACGGUGGCGAGCAGGUUUGCCUUCCCGAGCUGGGCAGUGGAUGGUGGCCACCUUUGCUGCUGGAGCUUCCCCAACCGACUGGACCACCGGAAGCUACAGGCCUACACUCAGCGUCAACUAGCUCACGCUCCGCAAGCAGGCGCGCUACGUCGAGGAGAAAUUCGGCCUCGCGCUUCGCCACCUCGGAUCACAUGCGUGUUCGAAAUCGAGUGGCGAUGAGGAGACAGCGAGCUAGUGCAUCUGCAGGUAUUAGUCCAGAUGCAGACGGGGGUGGCUACUGCCCCCAUGAAGGGGGGAAUCAGCUCCCUCCUACCGCCUGCUGUCCGAAUGGCAUGGAACCGACACAACUGGUGCAGCAGCUAGAAGCCGCACAGCAGGAUUAUCGAUCCCCUGUCGUCCCACAGCUGUUGCAUGAGGCAUGCAUGGCAGCAGCAGAGGAGGCUCUGAAAGAAGCGCUAUGCGUGGCAGGCAUGCACCAUGCCCUCGCCGGCCUCCUCUUUGUUUGCCAACGCCAGGAGUUGGCACCGCUGGCGCAAGCCGCCUUGUGCAGUCUCUGGAACCUGGCGAGUCCGUUAAAACUGCGGUCGGAAGUGGCGCAAGGCUCGGUGGCCCAUGCCCUGCGUGAUACCGUCGAUCACCUGGGCAUCGUACCCGAUGUGCUGGAGUGGAGCGCCCGAGUCGCGUGGCUCCUGGCGGAGGAGCCUUCGACUUCAGAGCUGUUGACAGCCUGCAGCAUCCCCGAGGCACCGCGCUGGAGCGCGCAGCUUCACGUCUGA